AUGGCGCGGGAGUCGAGGGACGUGCAGCCCUCGGGGCUGGUCGUGGGCGUCGACCUCGCGUCGUGCACCUGCCCCCAGCGCGCCCAAACUGCGCGCGCGGUCGCCGCAGCGCUCCAGGACUUCGCGGCGACGUGCCACCCUGCCUGCCAGCUAUCGUUCGUCUGUUUCGACGGCCCGGACCUGUGCCGUCGCCCCCGGGGAGGGCCCAGCGGGGUUCAACUGGCGCCCGCCCAGGCUCUCACGUGGGACAGGAUCCGCCUCGACUGCGCGCUGAUGGACCUGCUGUCCGCCGCGAGCACGCAGCCGCAGCAGAGCUCGCAGGGGUCGCAGGGGCGCGCGGGCGCCCCGGACGGGACCGGCGCGGGCGCGGCGCCGUCGCGGCGCGUCCUGGCGCUCGCGCAGGUGGUCAAGAGCAGUGGGUUCGGCGGUCCGGACUGCGUCGUGGUGUGCAUUACCGCCAGCGAGGGCAGCGUGCUCAUCGCGCCCCCCGACGGGGGCGCCAGGCGGCCACGGUGCCUGAUGAUCGACCUCAGCGACGAAGCCGCCGACAGCGUUCCGGGCAUCCCCUGCGCGCCGGCGACUCUCCUGCUCACGCAUCGUGCGAUAGCGCCGAUGCACUUCUGCCUCCAGGCGUGCCUCAACGAGACCUUCGGCGCCGCUGGUCCGGCGUGCGCGCCGCUGCCGCACCACAACGUGCGCCUGAGCGUCGCGGCGGAGGCGCCCGCGACACGCAACGGAGGAACGGCGGCGCGCGACAACGUGGCUCUCGGAGAGCUCGUUUGCACGCCGGGGGGGCUGACGGUGACGGGCCGGCCACCGCGCGACAUGCACGUGGGCGCCACGGUCCCGCUCGACACGCUCGCGGAGCUGCUGCGGGAGCCAUGGGGCCCUGACGUCGCCUUGCAACAAAAGACCCCCCUGGAGCCAUUCCUCGCGCGCGCGCCGGCGUCAGCGCGGGUGCGCGAGGUCGUCCGUGCGCUCGCCGACACGGCGACGUGCGCGCUGCUCCAGGCGCGCGGCGCCCCGCGCAGCCCUGACUCAGGGGCCUGGUUUCUACUGCAGCCGCUGACGCACGACGGCAAGCACGCGAUGCUGCGCCCGCUGGGCGCCGCGGGGGACCUCGCGUCGCUGCGCAUCCCCGAGCGGCUCGGCCUGCGCGAACCGGAGCUCAUGGAUCUGCGUGCGUCGACAUCGUGCGUCGCACCUGCGCUCGGAGUCGGGCCGUUUGCGGGGCGCGUGCGGCGCGACAGCGGCGCGCAGUGGAAGAGCAGUCUCGAGAGGCGCCUUGCGGCGGAGCCGCUGGACCCCAAGGAGCCGUUCGGGCUCCUCGGACCCCCCCCUUCACAAGGGGGGGUGUCCAAACCAAUGCGCGCCGUGACGCAGGCGCUUCAGCGCGUGGCGCCCGCGGAGGCGGAGCCGUCGGCAGUGGAUCUGCGCGCUGAGGCGGCCGCGCUGGCGGAAAUGAUGGCCGAAUUCGAGGCCCGUGGCGGAGGGGACGCGGGUGUGUCGCUCGCAGACCCCACGCAGGCGCUGGCGAGGUUCGCGGGGGCGAUCGAGGCGGUCGGCCGUGCAGAGAGAGGCUCUGUUGCUCCGGGCGCCGUCGUUCCGACGCUUGCCGAGCAGGCCGUGGAGGCGGCAGUGCGGAGCAUGACCGACGCCAACGCUUCGGCGCCGCAGGACGCCGCGCGGCCGCUCUGGGAGGGCACGGCCGAGCUGCUGCGCGGACUGGGCGAGCUGGACGGCGAGCAGCGGCCCGCGGUGGUCGCGAUGCUCGCGGAGUGGUAUUUGGGGGUGUUUUGCGCCGCUGUCAGGUUCGUGCCUGCGCCCAAGUCGAGGGCCGGGAAGGCGGCCGCGCGGGCGCUGCGGAAGGCGUGUGGCAUGUGGCUCGCCAAGGCGCUGCAGCGCGUCCGGUUCGAUCUGAAGGGGGCGUUCCCGGCGUGGUUUGAGGCGUCAGUCGCUGGGCCGUUCGCGAAGGUGGCGUCGGCGAGAGCGGUGCUGCAGCGGGCGCGCGAGGACUUCGGCCUUGUCGCUGCGCAGGACCUCGCGAUGACGGACGCGGAGGCGCUGGCGGUGCUAGAGCGCGCCGACGCCGCGGCAGUGGCGGCAGCAGACGGCGCGCCAGCGCCCUCCGCGCCCUCGGGCCGCAGCGACGGCAGCGCUCCAGCGCAGACGACGGCGACGGGGACGCAGGGCGAUGCGCGCGGCAAUGCAGGCGCGCUGCGCGGGCGCAUGCGUGAGCGCUUCCGACACAGUACCCUGCAGGUGGUGCGCAUGCCGAGCGCGUCCGGCCUGCGGGGAUCGCAGGCCGCGCAGAGCAAGCAGCAGACGAGCGUCCCGCGCCACAGCGUGCUCUUCGGCGCGGCAGCGACCGCCACCGCCCGUGGCAAGGACGGCGGAGCUGUGCAGGGCGCGAACGCAGCGCGCAACGCGGGCGACGGUGAGGAAGUCACGUCGCCCGUCAAGACGCAGCGGCCCGCGUCCGCGCACGCAGUGUCGCCCGAGCAGCGCGGAGCCGCGCCGCUGUUCGUGCAAGGCACGCCGGGACAACACCACUCCCGUGCUGCUCCACGCAACGCCACCAAGGAGCCGAACCAGGGCGCCGGGUGGGCGGGCAUGGGCCUGCUGUCGCCCGAAGGGCUGCGGCGGCACGUGGGGCGGCGGAGCUUGCGGGAAGCGGACGGCGGCGGGGACGCAGCGCAAGCACGUGCUGUGCAUGGCAGCCCUGACGCGAUCUUGGCGUCGCCCGUGCCGGCGACGGCGCUGGGCGAUAAGGCGACGGGGGUGUUCUCGCCGCGGCGGUCGCCGCGGAUCGCCGCGUUCGGGUCGCGCGCGGAGGAGGGCGUGGCGUCGCCGGGUGCGGACGGGCUUUUUGCGUCGCCGAAGCCCACGCUGCGGAUGAUUGGGUCGCCCGGGGCGCGCGAGGACGUCGGUGCGAGCGCCGGCCAGCGCACGGGGCGCGCGCUCUUCGGCGGCUCGAAGGGGGCGUCUCCUGAGUGGGAGGGGGGGGGUUCCGAGCCUGCCGGGCCCGCGACGGGCGAGGCUCGCAUCGCGGACGCGCUGGUGCCGAUGGCGUCGCAGGCGGAGCUCGCGUCGCUCGACGCGGUGUUCGGCACGCCGCAGCGCGCCGGCCGGAAGCGCGGGCCGUCACGACACUCCAUGUCGUCGCCAGAGAGAGAGCCCUCCCCGAAACGGCCUGCGGGCGGGUCCAGACGCACACGGGCGCACGCCUCCCCGAGUGCAGCGCGCUCGCGCGACCCUGCACACACGGCAGCGCCAGCCCCGGGUCAGACAGCACCCCUGACUCAGCAGCAGGCCCCUGGGGGAGUCUCCGGGCCGACCACGCGCCGCGCGAGCGGCAGGGCGCCGCCUGCGGCGGAUGCGGUGGGAUCCGUGGCUGCGCAGGCGUCAGGGCGGCACUCAUCACACGCACCCCCCGUCGCCGUUCGCAGUCAGCCUGCACAGGCUGCUGUGGGCGUGCAGACGCGCCGCCAGUCGGGCGCACGGAGGAGCGCGGUGGCCGAGGAGUCGUCGGGGGGGCAGUCGCCGUGCCUUACGCUGCCGGACCAGUCGGAGGUGCUGGACGGGGGGCCGGCAAAAGUGCGGCGUGGACCGUCGCGCAAGGGCAGGGCUGCGUUCGCAUAG